AUGUCUUCCAAAUUCACCACCGUCCGUGCUCGUUCCACCUCUCCCCUCCCAUUCUCUUGUGAAACCACCCGUGGACAGAAACGUAGCAGACGCGGUACGGCUAUCACCCGCUCCGUUUCAGAAGACUACGCUCGGAACACUGAGAAGUUCAACAUUCUGAUGGACAAAUUGGCCGGAAAACUAGAUAAAUUCCAUAUGGAGGAUGCAGUGCAGAAAAAGAAGGCGGAGACCAAGAUUGCAACUGAAGAGGCUCUCAAGACGAUCGUAUUGAAGCCAAACUUUUCAAACUUCAAGAUUCCAAAGAAGUCAACUCCUGAAAGUCUUCAAGGUUUCACCAACCUCAACAUUCUUUCCAACCACUCAAUCAUCUGUGCAGUCGACACCUCCAACUGCUCCAAUCCACUCUCCAAAGUUGCCUCACGUCUUCUGGAGUCCAACGCCUUCUCCAUCAAUUGCAGCGCCACAAGUUCUCCCGGGAAUGCGGCGAGCUCGACACGAAGUGGGUUGAAAAUGGCACAAUGUGGUCCGGCGGCUCCAGGAAUUCCGGCUUUCGAGCGAAGAUACGCACGGACUGGCAUACGUUUAGCCAUGUCUCCAGAGAAAGUCGUAUCGAUUGUGAGGACGACUAUCGGUGGAGAUUCACGACGAGCUGAGGCUUCAGUGAUGACACGGACGUAG